UUGCAGUACCAUGCUGGCUUGGCGUCCAGUCUUCUUAACCAGCAGUCACUCAAGCGCUCAGCUAACCAAAUGGGGGCAUCUGCCAAGAGAAGACCCAAAGUCCAGCCCAGUACCCUGGUUCUGCCACCACAGUGAGUAUAGCUCCUCUUCCUGCUCACACAUUUCCCUGAUGGUUGGGAAAGAGAUGAAUCAUCUCCCUCCAGUCAUUUUUCUUUCUGUUUAGAGUUGUCAUAGUCCAGAGGGAUCACGUGACUAAUAAAAAUUGUGCAAUGUCUUAUUUUGUUGUCUUGGACAUCUUGGGGCUGUAGACCUCUUGCUUUGAUAGGAGAGUGAUGAGAGUGGGGGAAGGGCAUGCAGGAGGUCUAGUUGGAUGGACUGAGGGACGACGUCCCCAGUGGUUGAUGAAAGUGGUUGAAGGAGAGAGAAAAGAGUGGUCCCCCACGGGCAUAGAGCGUGGUCCCCAGCUGGUAUAGCUGCUACAAAAACAGAAAUCCAUUGUGUGUUGGGCUCUUAUGGAUAGUCCUUGAUCAGUGUGGCAUUGUACCCUUAAUAAUCUUUGUACCCUGGUCUUUUGAAAUCACCCACCUUUUUAAUCAGUGCCUUUUGAUAGAUAUAGGCUUCGGUUUUCAUAAUGUUAUUACAAUGCAACCUUCUGGUGGAUCAGGUUUACAGAAUGUGUGGAAAUGGCACCUGGUGCUCUCUUCUGUUCACCCUCACACCCCUUGUCAACAAAAGAAAGAUCCUCACAAAAUGUCAGAUUCACUGGGUUUGGGUGACAUUUUCCCCCCAUAUUUCCCAUCUGGCACUUUAGCAGUUUUUGGCUUGGGAGGUAGGGCCGGCUUUGCUCAGUAAAGUGUCUGCACUCUGGAUGUAAAAGGAAAUAUCAAUAGUGGGCAACAGUGAAAGCACGGCUGUCACUGUAGGCCUAUAUCUUCUCUGAGCAGUUUCUCGCUGUCCGGUUUCCUGCGUUGUGCCGGGGUGACUCUGAGCUUUGGGGAACUCUAAUGCCUCCGUGCAGCACAGGAAGAGAGCUGAUGAAGAGUGGGUCAAGGUGAAGCCAACCAGCGGCUCCUCUGUCAAACGUCAUUGUUCUGAUGAAUUUGCCGUUUCUAAAAGGAGCAGCCAGCGCAUGAAUUAUGCAGCACAACCUUUACGUUUUUUUUGCAUCCACCCUCCGGCAUUGUUUCUUCUGUAUGUAGCUACAUAAAUGCCCCAGAAAGUGCACUGUGUAAUUACAGUGUUCCAAAGAAAUGUUGAUGGUAGUGAAUGAAUAUAGAAUAUUUUAUAAUAUUGGGUUUAUGCAGACACUCUGGCUACCAAGUCCUGAACAGACAUAUUUCUGUUGGCGAUUAGAUCAAUGGCAGGCAAUUAGAGACUGGCCAGGGUGAUUGUUCAAGUCGAAUCUGCUUUGUCAUGUGAGCUAAUCCUUGAAAACAAUCCUGGUCAAUGUAUGGAGAAACCAGGUUAUACAAUCUUAUAGCCUAUUAGUCCGACAAGUCACAAGAAGAGUUUAGCAUACAGGAGUCAAGACUGGAUGCUGAAGAGUUUAACAGGUAAUAGAAUACAUCUGACUGCUCACUAGCAUGCCUCAUUACAUUUACGUCAUUUAGCUGACUCUCUUAUCCAGAGCGACUUACAUUAUUAUUUUCAUACUGGCCCCCCGUGGGAAACGAACCCACAACCCUGGCGUUGCAAACACCAUGCUCUAUCAACUGAGCUACCUCCCUGCCUGCCAUUCCCUCCCCUACCCUGGACGACGCUGGGCCUCAUGCUAGGACAUUGUCUGGGAUGUGGCUUUGGUAUGAAAGGGGGUUUCCAGACGCAUAUGAGAGAAGCGAAGAGGCAAAAUUCUAUUUGGCUGAAUUUGCAGACACAAUCAAACCUGAACAGCAAACCUGGUUUAAAAAAACAGAUAAAGCAACACCUCACAGCACAACACCUCUCCCCUAUUUGACCUAGAUAUUUUGUGUGUAUGUAUUGAUAUGUAGCUAUGUGCACCAUUUUAAAAUUGAUGUAUUUCUGUCCUUGAGCUGUUCUUGUCUAUUCAUGUUCUGUAUUAUGUCAUGUUUUGCAACAGCUAAUGGGGAUCCUAAUAAAAUACUGAACGGUCAGAACACUAUCAAUGAGGCAGAUCACUGUCAUGCAUAUGUGUGAAGAAGAUUAAUCCUCUAAAUGGAGUCAUGCUGAAUGUAAUCAGCUAAACUGGCACAUAUUGACUGACUCCUCUCAUGCAUAAGUCACCCUCCCUUAGACAGCUAGCUAGCCCCCCCUGUCUGGAUUAUUAUUGUUAAGUGGUUAACACAUUUAGGUUAAUCAUGCAUCUCUUUGAGCUGCUAGAGUUGCUGGUCUGUGUUUAAUCCAGAGACGCAGUGACCGAAUUAGAGCAAUUGUGCUCUCUUUGUUAAAAGCAAAGUAAAGACAAAUGUAUGGUUAAAGUCAAACUAACCUUGAUAGUGAUUCCAACUGACUGACUGAUAUCAGAUUCAGAAGGGUACCACUAUACACUGAGUGUACAAAAUAUUAGGAACACCUGCUCUUUCAAUGACAUAGACUGACCAGGUGAAUCCAGGGGUGAUACCUUAUUGAUGUCACUUGUUAAAUCCACUUCAAUCAGUGUAGUUGAAGGGUAGGAGACAGGUUAAAGAAGGAUUUUUAAGUCUUGAGACAUGGAUUGUGUAUGUGUGCCAUUCAUAGGAUGAAUGGGCAAGACAAAAGAUUUAAGUGCCUUUGAACGGUGUAUUACAUUUGUACAUUUUAGUCAUUUAGCAGACGCUCUUAUCCAGAGCGACUUACAGUUAGUGAGUGCAUACAUCAUUUUUUAUACUGGCCCCCCGUGGGAAACGAACCCACAACCCUGGCGUUGCAAACGCCAUGCUCUACCAACUGAGCUACAUCCCUGCCGGCCAUUCCCUCCCCUACCCUGGACGACGCUGGGCCAAUUGUGCGCCGCCCCAUGGGUCUCCCGGUCGCGGCCGGCUACGACAGAGCCUGGAUUCGAACCAGGAUCUCUAGUGGCACAGCCUUAGACCACUGCGCCACUCGGGAGGUGUAUGGUAGUAGGUGCCAGGCGCACCGGUUUGAGUGUGUCAAGAACUGUAACGCUGCUGGGUUUUUCAUGCUCAACAGUUUCCCGUGUGUAUCAAGAAUGGUCCACCACCCAAAGGACAUCCAGCCAACUUGACACAACUGUGGGAAGCAUUGGCGACAACAGGGGCAGCAUCCCUGUGGAAUGCUUUCGACAUCUUGUAGAGUCCAUGCCCCGACGAAUUGAGGCUGUUCUGAGGGCAAAAGGGGGUGCAACUCAAUAGUAGGAAGGUGUUCCUAAUGUUUUGUACACUCAGUGUAGUAAUAUGGUGAUAUUGCCUCUGCUUCUGGAAGGUCACCUGCGAACUGUGAGCCAUGCAAGGUCACUUUGGUGGGACUCGUGCUGGGGUUGUCGUCUGUUGGUCAACGAUGAUCAGUUUGUCACUCCUGGGACACAGACCUUUGUCCUUGGAGCAUUGAUUCAAAGUGUCGUUGGCAGCUUGGGCUUGCCUAUUCCUAUCAGCAUAGAGGCUAAGCAGGUCUAUUAGGAGCCAACCCCAUCCCCUUCCCCACUGCACUGCUCUCUUAGGCCCCAUGUCCACUCACAUAUUAACACGGUUACAAAACAGGAGGAGGAACAUUUCCGAAACAUGUAGAAGCUAUUUUUCACAUUGAUCUUAAAUGUGACAUCACAUUGUAACUGGGGUGAUCAUUUCCAGAUGGUUUGUCUUGUCGAUGAAGCUCGGGUCGUCACAUGGUUCUUCACAUUUUCCAUAACAAGCUUGGUCACACACCGCCCACAUUUUUUUAUUUGGGCAAUAUUUAAAUGAUGCUUGAAUUUGCGAGCAUACUGUGGGCCAAAUGAAUGGCACACAGAGGCUGGUCAGGCCAGGCACAUCCUGUUUCCACUGCUGCACUGCGGCACAGUAGAGUUGAGGGGUAUUAACAUUUCAGUCAUCAGUGAUCCCUGAUUAGACUGAACAGCAAGUAAGACAGCUCUGAUUUAUCAGUUUUCAUCUCAGUAAGCAAUGCGUUCACAAGCAAGGGAAUAUCUGACCACUCCUCAUAGUCAACCGCACUGUUUGCAGAUAUAAAAUAAAUGCUUGGUUCCAUCUCCAAACACUCUGGCAGGCUAAUGUCAGGCUUUGUUUCUUGGUAAUCAUUUUCUGUCGUGAAACGUCUCUAGAUCCGCUUUGUCUUGGUACUCGCGGAUCACUUUUCAAAUACAUUUUGGACGGAGUAAGGUUUUCACCUGCUCAGCUGCACCUAAUGGUAAUCUGGAGCGUUAACAUUCAAGACACUCUUCACAGUGGAUUCUUAAACUGUGUAACGUAACCUCCCCUAUGUCUAUAUUUCCUUUGAGAAUUCAUUAACUUUGCAUUUAAAAAAGCCUUAAUGACUUGUAGACCAAGAUAUUCUGGGGGCUAUUCCUUUAAGUCAGGCCCUACUAGUCCAGAUAACUGUGGGUCCCCAUGUUCAUCUCUCUAUAUUACCAAUAUAAUGCCCCGUUCAUUUUUCAAUAAAGCAUCUCUCAUGAACACUAAUGGGAAGAUUAUUCAGUGGAGGAAUAUUGAGCAGAGUGCAUAAGGUAGUGUAGUCAGAGGAAGGAUAAAUACAGUAUUCAUACUGUAGCUUCAAAAAGACUAGCUGCUACACAGACAAUCCAAUCUUCAUGUGUUUUCUUUUAGUCAAGUCCUUUAUUUUUAUCCAUAUGUACAAUCAGCUCUCGCAUAGAGUUAGGCCUAAAUUUCCCUGCAUUUGAUCAAAAUCUAUUUGGAGCAUUUGAAUUUGAUUGCUUGGUUUUGAUUGCUCAAUGUGAUCACUAAGCUACAUGAUGAUGUCCCAGAAUCACCUGCUGCCCGCACCAUUGAAGACCAGGUGGCAAGGGGUGUUUGACUUUCCCAAUUCAAUUCAACAUUUAGAAUAUUCGUCGGCUGUUGAUAAUGGCUUCCCAACUUAAGCCAAUCAGAACACAGGGGUGCUCUCCCCACAAGAAAAUGUAAGUACAUUUCGGCUACACAGUCCACAGCGAGCUUGGUUUUUGUGCCAUUGUGUUUUAAUCUUUAACCCUCCGAACCAUCUUUAGACUAUUGUCUCUCAUCUGGGCCACAUUUGCUGUCUGCACAACAGACAUGGCAGAGCUCAAAGAUUCCGAAUACAUAAAUAAUUAUCUCCAAAAUUGUUUAAGAAAAGUUAUGAGAUAAUAUCUGCGUCAAACAUUGUAAAUUAAUACAUUAUUUAAUUUUAUUGUCUUUAGUGCUGCUUUGUGGACAAAAAAUAUCACCCAUUCUCUCAACUAACCGCCAUCCACGUCCCCUAUGCCAUAUCCUAAUUUUGCCUACAGACCAGUGCCCUUCUAUGUGUAGCCCAGUAUUCAUUGGGAUUAAGAGGAAACCGAAGGAUUACAAGUAGCCUAUUAGGACUAGGGAUAGAGGGGGGGAAUUGAUACAGUAGAGUAUCGCAAUAUUAUUUUUACCAAUUUUAUAUUAAUACUGUGACUCCAAGUAUCGAUUUGUAAAAAAAAGUAUAUAUAUAUUUUCUUAUUUUUUGUUAGGUAGUUAACGCUAGCUAGUGUUAGUCAGUUGUAGCUGCGCCAAAACUCUGGUAUUUCUCAUCCUAUAGCUUGUACGCCAUCUUCUUUUUAAAUCUUUAAAAUGUUGUGCCAACAUGUUUUCAGCACUUUUAUCUCCAAAACUUGUUUUCUCAUGGCUCUCUCUUGUUUCUCUGCAGCAGAAUCGCAAUACAUAUCAUAUCGGAACGUAAGUAUUGUGAUAAUAGAGUUCCUGACAAUUCCUAGCCCUCAUUAGGACAAAAGGAUGAUAUGGCAGCCACUUCUACGCACAGAGGCAAAUAUUUGACUCUCUCAAACCCAUCCUCGUUUUGUAUUUAGGGAGCAGCUCAAUAAUAAGUAAUUAGGGCUAUGCUAAUUGAGUGUCCCCAUGGUGCAGGGUUUGUUUUAGGGAAGUGGACUUUACAUGGAGACUGGAGACAUCCUGCGAUCCAAGUGUUCUUCUUGCAAGGGUAAGAAAUGGAGGCAGCUGUUUUUUUAGGGAUUUUUUGGGGGGUCAGGCUCAAAUAACUUGGUUUGGUUGAAAGUGGAACUUGGAACUCCUAGCCCAGAAUGGCAAGUAUCCAACGCCUAGGGAGAUGUUAAUUUACAAUACUGAUUUGAAUCAGUGAAAAUGUGUUGUUUUGUGUUGUGGUUAAAUGAGUUUCACUCCCUAGAUGAAUUAUUAAGCAGCUAGAUGUAAGAACAAGUCUUGUCUUGUAACUGGCUGGCAGCCUGCACCCUACAAUGCUGCCAAUUGACGUGGUUCUGCAUCUUUAUUAAACAGCUCUACUGCCUAUGUUCAACCCAAUGCACAUAGGGCCCGAUUCCGACUUAGGAAAUUACACCUUUCUUACACAUGCCUUUCCUACUCACUUCUCAGUAGUUGGUAUUCAGACUUAGCUUGUGCAGGUGCGUAACAGGCUUUGCAGGCAUGGUUCCCUUGUGCGCACUAAAUUAAUGUAAUUCAACUGCUGAAAACACUCCCACUUGCUGGCCAACAGAUUUUCUCUGGAAGUUUUCAUUCAAUAGGCUUUUCAGUACAUUUAUCUUAAGCCAUCCCUUUAAAUACGGUGUACCUUUUAGUUGGAAUUUUGUCCACAGACUCACUAAAAUAUAUGGAGAGAAAGGGUUCAGAAUAUUAGAGAUCAAUGAAAGAAAGCAUCUAAAUAUAUCCAUAUUUGUCUCCGUUUCAGCACCAAUUGGUAGAUUUAAAAAUACUCUGAUCUUGUACAUUAUUUAGGGUUAGGAAAGUAUUUAUGCAUAAUGCAAAAGAAACAGGUUAGGAGAGACUUUAAACACAAAAGAAAGAACUGUGGUUUUUUUCAUUCUGAAAAUUGCCACAUUCAGUUCUUUAACCCAUGGUAAUGUUGGAAGAUUAGUGUACAUAUAAUUAUAAUAGGGAGAAUAGUGUACAAUAGUAGGCUAUACCCUUGUCUGUUGCCUGCACUAACCAUGGAACUGUGAUGACACAGCCAAGUAUUGUGCCAUGCGUCGGGUUCAAACUGUUACGGCUUGGUCUGCGCUCCGCUCCUUAACGAUUUAAUUAGCCUACAUAUAAUUUUGAUAUAUAUACACUACCGUUCAAAAGUUUGGGUCACUUAGAAAUGUCCUUGUUUUCGAAAAAAAUAUAAAUGUUAAUGUUGUAAAUGGCUAUUGUAGCUGGAGAUUGGUGAUUUUUAAUGGAAUAUCUACAUAGUCGUACAGAGACCCAUUAUCAGCAACCAUCAGUCCUGUGUUCCAAUGGCGCGUUGUGUUUGCUAAUCCAAGUUUAUCAUUUUAAAAGGCUAAUUGAUCAUUAGAAAAAUAUUUUGCAAGUAUGUUAGCACAGCUUCAUUAAAUAGUACCCGCAAAACACCACUCUCAACGUUAACAGUGAAGAGGCGACUCCGGGAUGCUGACCAUCUAGGCAGAGUUGCAAAGAAAAAGCCAUAUCUCAGACUGCCCAUCUUAAUCUUUUCUUUUUAUUGGCCAGUCUGAGAUAUGGCUUUUUCUUUGCAACUCUGCCUAGAAGGUCAGCAUCCCGGAGUCGCCUCUUCACUGUUGACGUUGAGACUGGUGUUUUGCAGGUACUAUUUAAUGAAGCUGCCAGUUGAGGACCUGUGAGGCGUCUGUUUCUCAAAUUAGACACUCUCAUGUAUUUGUCCCCUUGCUCAGUUGUGCACCGGGGCCUCCCACUCCUCUUUCUAUUCUGGUUAGAGCCAGUUUGCGCUGUUCUGUGAAGGGAGUAGUACACAGCGUUGUACGAGAUCUUCAGUUUCUUGGCAAUUUCUCGCAUGGAAUAGCCUUAAUUUCUCAGAACAAGAAUAGACUGACGAGUUUCAGAAGAAAGUUAUUUGUUUCUGGCCAUUUUGAGCCUGUAAUCGAACCCACAAUUGCUGAUGCUCCAGAUAAUCAACUAGUCUCAAGAAGGCCAGUUUUAUUGCUUCUUUAAUCAGCACAACCAUUUUCAGCUGUGCUAACAUAAUUGCAAAAGGGUUUUCUAAUGAUCAAUUAUUAGCCUUUUAAAAUGAUAAACUUGGAUUAGCAAACACAACGUGCCAUUGGAACACAGGACUGAUGGUUGCUGAUAAUGGGCCUCUGUCCGCCUAUGUAGAUAUUCCAUUAAAAAUCAGCUGUUUCCAGCUACAAUAGCCAUUUACAACAUUAACAAUGUCUACACUGUAUUUCUGAUCAAUUUGAUGUUAUUUUAAUGGACAAAAAAAUUGCUUUUCUUUCGAAAACAAGGACAUUUCUAAGUGACCCCAAACUUUUGAACGGUAGGAUAUAUAUUAUCAAAUAUGAUCAAAUAAAUAUUAUCAACUGUUACUAAUGAUCCUCAGUAACAACCACAUGGCCGUGACGGCGUUUACAGUGGAAGCAAAUGAAGGUAAACGAAAUAAUGAAAUGGAAUGAUAAUGUACUGUAGGCUAUACCAGCUGAUAAUGGAGCUAUAUAUUUCAAUAAGAUAUUAUUUCAGAACUAAUAUUCACCAAAAUAAAAACUGGACAGUCCGGGAGAAGCAAAACUUCAAAAGAUGGCAUGGGACCCAUUGAUUUUGUUAUAAUACAGUUGAAGUCGGAAGUUUACAUACAUUUAGGUUGGAGUCAUUAAAACUAGUUUUUCAACCACUCCACAAAUGUAUUGUUAACAAACUAGUUUUGGUAAGUCGGUUAGGACAUCUACUUUGUGCAUGACACAAGUAAUUUUUCCAACAAUUGUUUACAGACAGAAUAUUUCACUUAUAAUUCACUGUAUUACAAUUCCAGUGGGUCAGAAGUUUACAUACACGAAGUUGACUGUGCCUUUAAACAGCUUGGAAAAUUCCAGAAAAUGAUGUCAUGGCUUUAGAAGCUUCUGAUAAGCUAAUUGACAUAAUUUGAGUCAAUUUGAGGUGUACCUGUGGAUGUAUUUCAAGGCCUACCUUCAAACUCAGUGCCUCUUUGCUUGACAUCAUGGGAAAAUCAAAAGAAAUCAGCCAAGACCUCAGAAAAAAAAUUGUAGACCUCCACAAGUGUGGUUCAUCCUUGGGAGCAAUUUCCAAAUGGCUGAAGGUACCACGUUCAUCUGUACAAACAAUAGUACGCAAGUAUAAACACCAUGGGACCACGCAGCCGUCAUACCGCUCAGGAAGGAGACGCGUUCUGUCUCCUAGAGAUGAACGUACUUUGGUGCGAAAAGUGCAAAUCAAUCCCAGAACAACAGCAAAGGACCUUGUGAAGAUGCUGGAGGAAACAGGUACAAAAGUAUCUAUAUCCACAGUAAAACGAGUCCUAUAUCGACAUAACCUGAAAGGCCGCUCAGCAAGGAAGAAGCGACUGCUCCAAAACCGCCAUAAAAAAGCCCGACUAUGGUUUGUAACUGCACAUGGGGACAAAGAUCGUACUUUUUGGAGAAAUGUCCUCUGAUCUGAUGAAACAAAAAUAGAACUGUUUGUCCAUAAUGACCAUCGUUAUGUUUGGAGGAAAAAGGGCUUGCAAGCCAAAGAACACCAUCCCAACCGUGAAGCAUGGGGGUGGCAGCAUCAUGCUGUGGGGGUGCUUUGCUGCAGGAGGGACUGGUGCACUUCAAAAAAUAGAUGGCAUCAUGAGGAAGGACAAUUAUGUGGAUAUAUUGAAGCAACAUCUCGAGACAUCAGUCAGGAAGUUAAAGCUUGGUCGCAAAUGGGUCUUCCAAAUGGACAAUGACUCCAAGCAUACUUCCAAAGUUGUGGCAAAAUGGCUUAAGGACAACAAAGUCAAGGAAUUGGAGUGGCCAUCACAAAGCCCUGGCCUCAAUCCUAUCGAACAUUUGUGGGCAGAACUGAAAAAGUGGGUGCGAGCAAGGAGGCCUACAAACCUGACUCAGUUACACCAGCUCUGUCAGGAGUAAUGAGCCAAAAUUCACCCACCUUAUUGUGGGAAGCUUGUGGAAGGCUACCCGAAACGUUUGACCCAAGUUAAACAAUUUAAAGGCAAUGCUACCAAAUACUAAUUGGGUGUACGUAAUCUUCUGACACACUGGGAAUGUGAUGAAAGAAAUAAAAGCUGAAAUAAAUCAUUCUCUCUAUUAUUCUGACAUUUCACAUUCUUAAAAUAAAGUGGUGAUCCUAACUGACCUAAGACAGGGAAUUUUUACUAGGAUUAAAUGUCAGGAAUUGUGAAAAACUAAGUUUAAAUGUAUUUGGCUAAGGUGUAUGUAAACUUCAGACUUCAACUGUAUAUCAAUCCAGAGUCCUAGGAGGACAAACAUACUGCUGUGUUAUUGACAUGUUGAUUUUUCUAUUCUCAACAAAUCUUUUGGAAAAUCUACACUUGAAAUUAUUCAACAUCUGAAGCGCAGUUGAAUCAAUGUUUUCAUGAUGGUAAUCGAUGGUUUCCAUUGUUUCCCCUAUGAUUUGUUUCAGCAGUGGCGGUAAAGUUGACUUUGAUUCAUUUCAGAAAUCACUUACAGAUCUUAGUGUUAAAUACAAGUAAAACCAAGCUCAUGCUGUUCUCUUGGUCACGAAAUGUUGACCCUGAGGACCUGCGUAUUUGCACUACAAAUGGAGCCCAAAUUGAGCUUGUUUCUCAAUAUAAGCACCUGGGUGUCUGGAUUGAUGAUUAGUUGUUCUUCGUAACGCAUAUAGAAAAUCUGAUGAAGAAGCUAAGAUCCAAGAUUGGUUUUUUAUAUCGAAAUAAAUCAUGCCUCAGUAUUGAAAAUAAGAGAAAGAUUGUUCAAACAACACUUCUCCCUGUAUUGGAUUUUGGUGAUAUUGUUUACGUGCAUGCAGCGACCUCUGUUUUGAAACCCUUGGACGCAGUCUACCAUUCCGCAUUACGUUUUAUCACAGGGAACAAUUUUAGGACUCAUCAUUUUAGUCUGUAUUAAAAUAUGGGAUGGACCUCUUUGUCUGUAAGAAGAUAGCUGUAUUCUCUUUUUUUUUUUACAAAGCAAUCUUACAGAAACUCCAUUCAUAUGUAACUUCAUUAAUUAAGUUAAGAAUCAUAAAUUACCAAACCCGUUCUCAGGAAUGGAUAACACUAGAGAUAACCUUCAGUCUCCACAGAUUUAGGAAAAUCUGUGUUUUUUUUCUUUUGCUCCAAAUUUGUGGAACAAUCCGCAGAGUUCACUGCAGUUAGAUGUGCUGGUGCCACUUAGGCAGUUUAAAUGAUUGAUUGAGGACCUCUAUGUAGUUGAAUGUGAUUUGCUUUUAUUAAAUAUGUUUAUUUUGUUAUUGUGUGUUGAAUGAUAUUGUUUUAUACACGUGUAUGUUGUGUUAUUAUUCUGUUGUUAUUGUAAUGUAUACAGGGCUCAAUGUGACUCCCUGUUUAAAUAAAGGUUAAAUAAAAAAUAUAAAUAAAUAAAAAGUUAAGGGGGUAGCGGUAGGUGCCAAUGGUGCGGAUUUCGAGGCCACAGAGACACUAUUUUGUUGGUUUAAAGAACAUUUCCUGCAAUUCUACACAUUUUGCUAUGGGGCUGAGAGAACAUUUUACAGUUUUAAAGGUAGUUUCCUGCAAUUCUACACAUUUUGCCAUGGAUUAUACCGUGUUCUUAUGCUAUCUGUGUUACUCAAAUACAGUUGAAGUCGGAAGUGUACAUACACCUUAGCCAAAUACAUUUAAACUCUGUUUUUCACAAUUCCUGACAUUUAAUCCUAGUAAAUAUUCCCUGUCUUAGGUCAGUUAGGAUCACCACUUUAUUUUAAGAAUGUGAAAUGUCAGAAUAAUAGUAGAGAGUGAUUUAUUUCAGCUUUUUAUUUCUUUCAUCACAUUCCCAGUGGGUCAGAAGUUUACGUAUACUCAAUUAGUGUUUGUAACUGAGUCAGGUUUGUAGGCCUCCUUGCUCGCACACGCUUUUUCAGUUCUGCCCACACGUUUUCUAUAGGAUUGAGGUCAGGGCUUUGUGAUGGCCACUCCAAUACCUUGACUUUGUUGUCCUUAAGCCAUUUUGACACAACUUUGGAAGUAUGCUUGGGGUCAUUGUCCAUUUGGAAGACCCAUUUGCGACCAAGCUUUAACUUCCUGACUGAUUUCUCAAGAUGUUGCUUCAAUAUAUCCACAUAAUUGUCCUUCCUCAUGAUGCCAUCUAUUUUUUUGAAGUGCACCAGUCCCUCCUGCAGCAAAGCACCCCCACAGCAUGAUGCUGCCACCCCCGUGCUUCACGGUUGGGAUGGUGUUCUUCGGCUUGCAAGCGCUCCCCUUUUUCCUCCAAACAUAACAAUGGUCAUUAUGGCCAAACAGUUAUAUUUUUGUUGCAUCAGACCAGAGGACAUUUCUCCAAAAAGUACAAUCUUUGUCCCCAUGUGCAGUUGCAAACCGUAGUCUGGCUUUUUUAUGGCGGUUUUGGAGCAGUCGCUUCUUCCUUGCUGAGCGGCCUUUCAGGUUAUGUCGAUAUAGGACUCGUUUUACUGUGGAUAUAGAUACUUUUUACAGUUUCCUCCAGCAUCUUCACAAGGUCCUUUGCUGUUGUUCUGGGAUUGAUUUGCACUUUUCGCACCAAAGUACGUUCAUCUCUAGGAGACAGAACGCGUCUCCUUCCUGAGCGGUAUGACGGCUGCGUGGUCCCAUGGUGUUUAUACUUGCGUACUAUUGUUUGUACAGAUGAACGUGGUACCUUCAGGCAUUUGGAAAUUGCUCCCAAGGAUGAACCAGACUUGUGGAGUCCAACAAUUUCUUUUCUGAGGUCUUGGCUGAUUUCUUUUGAUUUUCCCAUGAUGUCAAGCAAAGAGGCACUGAGUUUGAAGGUAGGCCUUGAAAUACAUCCACAGGUACACCUCCAAUUGACUCAAAUGAUGUCAAUUAGCCUAUCAGAAGCUUCUAAAGCCAUGACAUCAUUUUCUGGAAUUUUCCAAGCUGUUUAAAGGCACAGUCAAUUUAGUGUAUGUAAACGUCUGACCCACUUGAAUUGUGAUACAGUGAAUUAUAAGUGAAAUAAUCUGUCUGUAAACAAUUGUUGGGAAAAUUACUUGUGCCAUGCACAAAGUAGAUGUCCAAACCGAUUUGCCAAAACUAUAGUUUGUUAACAAGAAAUGUGUGGAGUGGUUGAAAAAUGAGUUUUAAUGACUCCAACCUAUGUGUAUGUAAACUUCCGACUUCAUCUGUAUAUAGUUUGAAACAUUUUGUUAUUUUUCUUCAAACCGUAAAAAUGUACUCCAUCUCUCCUCCUCCAGGUAUGUGGACGACGUGAUAUCAAGGAUCGGCAGGAUGUUUCCAGACAUGUCGAUUGAACUCUUCCGACCUAACGGGACGUCAGCAGUACUUCUGGUAAGAUUCCUCCUCACCACCGGGAAUCCAACGCUCCUCUGGUCCAAAACUGCUUCUCACACAUUCAACAUCUGACCAAUUAUUUAAGUUUGGAGGGCCACUCCCAAUAUAAAUAUAUAAACAUGCUGACCAAGAUGAUAUUUGCAUGGUGUCAGCAAUAUCCACAAAAGAACACUGAAAUGCAAGCUAUGCACGCAGUCCUCAGUUUUUCCUGCAUCGGAAAGCAGGAGGAAGGGUGCCCUGCCCAAGUGCUGCUUCCUGACCAUGACUGCUGUCCAAAAAUACAGAACCAAGGAGCUAUUAUGGUGUGUGCAUUCUGUGACAAGAAAACCAUGAUAGAGGAACACAGUUAAGUUCCUUGACUAAUGAUUGUCAUGUACAGUACAGUGCAGUUGAAAGGGUAUUGUACAUCCGACUGUUCAUGCAAGAGGUAGAUUAUAGAGAAACAUCUUCAGUCCUCCUACCAACACUAGGUUCUCCCCCAGCUCUGCUUUUUCUCUGAGUUUUAUUUUAACUAAAUGCUUAAGGAUUCAAAGAAGACUUGAAGUGUUAAAUAUUAAUACUACCUGUAAUUAUUAACAUGGUUCCCUGGGAUGUGUGGUGGAGCUCUGCUCUACAGCUGCUUACAUACUGCUGAACUACACAACUACUGUUCUUUACCGUCUCUUACCACAAAAAGGACCCAACCAGGUCGGUGCCUCUCUGACUUAGUGAUGUGAGGAAAAACACUCUGUUCAAUCUUGCCAUUUUAAUCAUGACCGCCAGUUCGUCAGCUCUCUGGUGCACUUUGGCCUUCGCAAAUACAACAUUUCUGUGUUUUAUUAUGGAUCCCCAUUAGCUGUUGCAAAGGCUUCUCUUCCUGGGGUCCAAACAAGAUUAAGGCAAUUACAUACAAAAUAAAACAGUACAUCACACAACACAUUAUUACACACUACUCUACCACAACAUCUUUCCAAUACAACACAUUAUUACACACUACUCUACCACAACAUCUUUACAAUACAACACAUUAUUACACACUACUCUACCACAACAUCUUUACAAUACAACACAUUAUUACACGCUACUCUACCAUAACAUAUCUACAAUACAACGCAUUAUUAUACACUACUCUACCACAAUAUAUCUACAAUACAACACAUUAUUACACGCUACUCUACCACAACAUAUCUACAAUACAACACAUUAUUACACACUACUCUACCACAACAUAUCUACAAUACAACGCAUUAUUAUACACUACUCUACCACAAUAUAUCUACAAUACAACACAUUAUUACACACUACUCUACCACAACAUAUCUACAAUACAACGCAUUAUUAUACACUACUCUACCACAAUAUAUCUACAAUACAACACAUUAUUACACACUACUCUACCACAAUAUAUCUACAAUACAACACAUUAUUACACGCUACUCUACCAUAACAUAUCUACAAUACAACGCAUUAUUAUACACUACUCUACCACAAUAUAUCUACAAUACAACACAUUAUUACACGCUACUCUACCACAACAUAUCUACAAUACAACACAUUAUUACACACUACUCUACCACAACAUAUCUACAAUACAACGCAUUAUUAUACACUACUCUACCACAAUAUAUCUACAAUACAACACAUUAUUACACGCUACUCUACCACAACAUAUCUACAAUACAACACAUUAUUACACAAUAAUCUACCACAACAUAUCUGCUAUACAACACAUUAUUGCACACUACCACAACAUAUAUACAAUACAACACGUUAUUACACAGUACUAUACUCUAAUGACUACCUCAUCUCUGUACCCCACAUACAAUUAUCUGUAAGGUCCCUUGGUCGAGCAGUGAAUUUCAAACACAGAUUCAACCACAAAGACCAGGGAUGUUUUCAAAUGCCUCGCAAAGAAGGGCACCUAUUGGUAGAUGGGUUAAAAAAAAAGCAGACAUCGAAUAUCCCUUUGAGCAUGGUGAAGUUAUUAAUUACUCUUUGGAUGGUGUAUCAAUACUCCCAGUCACUACAAAGAUACAGGUGUCCUUCCUAACUCAGUUGCCGGAGAGGAAGGAAAAUGCUCAUGGAUUUCUCCAUGAGGCCAAUGGUUCAACAACAUUGUAGUUACUCCACAAUACUAACCUAAUUGACAGACUGACAGGAAGGGAGCCUGUGCAGAACAUGCAUCCUGUUUGCAACACAUUUACUAAAUUAACACUGCAAAAAAUGUGGCAAAGCAAUUCACUUUUUGUCCUGAAUACAAAGUGUUAUGUUUGGGGCAAAUCCAAUACAACACAUUACUGAGUACCAAUGUUCCCAAUAAUAUUUUGGGGCACUGAUCAAAUUUUAGGUCUUGUGAGCAGAAACUUGAACAUUGUGAGAAUUCUGUGCAACUUCAGGUACGCAUUUACAGUGAACACUGAGGCUGUACCCUUACAGUUUUAGACAGUAGCCUUGUGGCCAAUGUUCCCUCAAAAAAUUUUCGACACUGAGGAAAUUUCAGGUUUGCUGAGCUCAAACUUGAACGUUGUGUAGAGUACAGGCUGAGUCGUGCGCAAUAGAACAUUUUGUUUCGCUGUGUUGCGUUGAAAGUGGCUAAUAUUGCGUUGAUUCGAUCACAAUUGCCACAGUAUUACAGUUGAUAGCAUUUAACUAACAGGGAAAACUCUAGAAAGUUGAGUGAAGUUCAGUCUCGUGCUUCUCUCUGUGGGCUGACAGUUCUUCUGCGCUCUGUGUGGUGUCCCAGGGGGAGCAUUUGAGCAUAAUGAAGGCCUACCAAUAAAACCAAUAGAGCAAAUCCCAUAACAUUUUCACAUGGAAAUAGAUGUAGAUUUCUAUGAUAUAGCCUACAGUAGCCUUUAUGUGGUGUUCAGUGCAGGCCUACAUUGCAUGUUUUCACUUUGUCAUUAUGGGGUAUUGUAUGUAGAUGGGUGAGAAAACACAACAAAAUGUGGAAUAAGUCAAGGGGUAUGAAUACUUUCUGAAGGCACUGUACUUGAUGUGGAAUAGAGUUCCAUGUAGUCAUGGCUCUAUGUAGUACUGUGCGUUUCCCAUAGUCUGUUCUGGACUUGGGGACUGUGUAGAGACCUCUGGUGGCAUGUCUUGUGGGGUAUGCAUGGGUGUCUGAGCUGUGUGCUAGUCAUUUAAGCAGACAGCUCGGUACUUUUAACAUGUCAAUACCUCUCACAAAGACAAGUAGUGAUGCAGUAAAUCUCUUCUCUACUUUGAGCCAGGAGCGAUUGACAGGCAUGUUAUUGAUGUUAGCUCUUCGUGUACAUUUAAGGGCCAGCCGUGCUGCUCUGUUCUGGGCCAACUGUAAUUUGCCUGUGCCUCUUUGUGGCACUUGAACAUAUGACUGGGCAGUAGUCCAGGUGUGACAAAACUAGGGCCUGUAGGACUUGUUUUGUUGAUAGCGAUGUCAAGAAAGCAGAGCAACGCUUUAUUAUGAACAGGUCUCCCCGUCUAAGCUACCUUUGCAUCAAUAUGUUUUGACCAUGACAGUUUACAAUCCAGGGUUACACCAAGCAGUUUAGUCUCCUCAACUUGCUCAAUUGCCACAUUAUUCAUUACAAGAUUCAGUUGAGGUUUACGGUUUAGUGAAUGAUUAGUCACAAAUACAAUGCUAUUCGUUGUUUAAAUAUUUAGGACUAACUCAUGUCUUGCCACCAAUUCUAAAACUGACUGCAGCUCUUUGUAAAUUCAUAAGACUGCUGAACAGUUAAUCAAAGGGCCUCCCGGACAAUUUACAUUGACCCCCUUUAUUAUUUCUUUAAUUAUCUUAAUUGGUUUCCACUGACUGCCUUGCACUGGCUAUAUGCACUCACUAGACUCUACCCACACACUCACACAUACUACACUGACACUCCAACACACACUCACACAUACUACACUGACACUCCAACACACACACACACGCACGUGCAUAUUGACGCCACACACAUACAGUUGAAGUCGGAAGUUUACAUACACUUAGGUUUUUAUUUUUUAUUUUUUUAUUUUACCUUUAUUUAACUAGGCAAGUCAGUUAAGAACAAAUUCUUAUUUACAAUGACGGCCUACACCGGCCAAACCCAGACGACGCUGGGCUAAUUGUGUGCCGCCCUAUGGGACUCCCAAUCACGGCUGGUUGUGAUACAGCCUGGAAUCGAACCAGGGGGUCUGUAGUGACGCCUCAAGCACUGAGAUGCAGUGCCUUAGACCGCUGCGCCACUAGGUUGGAGUCAUUAAAACUCGUUUUUCAACCCCUCCACAAAUGUUUGUUAACAAACCUAUAGUUUUGGCAAGUCGGUUAGGACAUCUAUUUUGUGCAUGACACAAGUCAUCUUUCCAGCAAUUGUUUAUAGACAGAUUAUUUCACUUAUAAUUCACUGUAUCACAAUUCCAGUGGGUCAGACGUUUACAUACACUAAGUUGACUGUGCCUUUAAACAGCUUGGAAAAUUCCAGAAAAUGAUGUCAUGGCUUUAGAAGCUUCUGAUAGGCUAAUUGACAUCAUUUGAGUCAAUGGUAGGUGUACGUGUGGAUGUAUUUCAAGGCCUACCUUCAAACUCAGUGCCUCUUUGCUUGACAUCAUGGGAAAAUCAAAAGAAAUCAGCCAAGACCUCAGAAAAGAAAUCGUUGGACUCCACAAGUCUGGUUCAUCCUCGGGAGCAAUUUCCAAACGCCUGAAGGUACCACGUUCAUCUGUACAAACAAUAGUACGCAAGUAUAAACACCAUGGGACCACGCAGCCGUCAUACCGCUCCGGAAGGAGACGCUUUCUGUCUCCUAGAGAUGAACGUACUUUGGUGCGAAAAGUGCAAAUCAAUCCCAGAACAACAGCAAAGGACCUUGUGAAGAUGCUGGAGGAAACGGGUACAAAAGUAUCUAUAUCAGUAAAACAAGUCCUAUAUAUCGACAUAACCUGAAAGUCCGCUCAGCAAGGAAGAAGCCAUUGCUCCAAAACCGCCAUAAAAAACCUCAAUUACCUCAAUUACCUCAACUACCUCGUACCCCUGUACAUUGACUCAGUACUCCUUGUAUAUAGCCUCAUUAUUGUUUUUGUUACUAUUUCCUUUUUUAUUUAGCAAAUAUUAUUUAGCAUUUCAUUGUAAAGUCUACACCUGUUGUAUUCGGUGCAUGUAACAAUACAAUUUGAUUGAUAUUUUAAGUGUUGCAGUGAUGUCACUUGUUGUGGUUGAUGAUGUGUAUAGUGUUGAGUCAUCAGCAUACAUAGACACACAGGCUUUACAGGUCAUUAGUAAAAAAAAUAAUUUAAAAAAAUUAAGGGGCCUAGACAGCUGGCCUGGGUAAUGCCUGACUCUACCUGGAUUAUGUUGCAGAGGAUUCCAUUAUAGAACACCCUAAGUGUUCUGUUAGACAGGUAACUCUCGAUCCACGAUAUAGCAGGGAAUGUAAAGCCAUAACACAUACGUUUUUCCAGCAAAAAUAUAAACGCAACAUGUAAAGUGUUGGACCCAUGUUUCAUGAGCUGAAAUAAAAGAUCCCAGAAAUGUAUUAUUUUUAAAAAUGUUUAUAAAAGUAUGCAUUGUCUGUAAUAUAAUAAACAUGGCAAAAACAAAUCUAGACAUUAAUAAAUGCAUUUCUAUAGCUUCCAAAAUAUUUUGUACAAUAAUGUGGGAGUGCCAAGAUGGAGGCGCGGUGGCUUUAAAACAGCGCCCACUGUCAGUCAUCUAGUGUGUAAAUAAAUCAUUGCUCCAUCCCCACCGGCAGGGGCUCACAGAUGGCCCAGUUGGCAGGCUGGCAGCCCAGCCAGAUCCAGCUCAACUCCCAGCCCUGUCCUCCAUAGAACACCCAGGCCUCAUUACCUCACCGUCACUGGCACAGCAGAGCUCCAAAGAGCACAGCGCAUUGUCAUUUAAAUACAUGCAACCCGAAUGUCGGUUUCUUGCAGAUGCAUUUGUUAAUGGACUGUUAGUGUUGUAAUAACAUGUCCAUCCCUUACAGUGGGUUAUUGAUCAUUUGAACAGUUUUGUUGGUUGGAAUCGAUCAUUUUUGCGUCGCCCAUCGGAAUACAAUGUACUUCAUUGUCAGGCGAUUUUAAAGAGUGGUUAGCUUUCGAAAAGCACCGAAUUUACGAUUGACACAACUGAAGGUCUUACCUUUUGGGUUGGGGGUGGCGUGUCCUUGAAGGAAUUUAGUGAUGCUCUACUACACUUUCUACAUCAGCCUUUGUUUUUCUUCAUAUUAUAUGAUCCUAGAAGAGUGGUGCACUGUUGUAAAACAUGACUGACAACUGACAAGCGUAUGUUCUUCUAAUGGAUAUCAAUAGCAUAGAGGAACAAAGUCUACCAGGCCACCAUGGGUCUUGUCUGGUAACCUGUAAUAGAAAAUGAAAGGCCCUGCAUGUGUUGUUACUCUCUCUCUCCCCAUCCACCCUCUCUCUCUCGUUCUCCCCUUCUCUCUCUCUCCCCCUUCCUCACGUUCUGUGUUUGUAAACGGCGUCAGCAGCGAGAGGGACUGCAGCGUUAAUUGGGGCGGUUAAUUGAGGUCGGGCGGCAGGUAGCUUAGUGGUUAAGAGCGUUGUACCAGUAACCGAAAGGUCGCUGGUUCUAAUCCCCAAGCCGACUAGGUGAAAAAUCUGUCGAUGUGCCCUUGAGCAAGGCACUUAACCCUAAUUGCUCCUGUAAGUCGCUCUGGAUAAGAGUGUCUGCUAAAUGACCAAUUUAUUUAUUUAUUUUUAUUUAGGUCAGAGGAAAGGACCAGCGCGUGUAAUCCCCUCCAGUGGCAGGCAAAGGUUAAAGGCGUCCACAGGCUUCCCAUUCGAAACCGUUCGGAACAGUUCGUGCAUAUAUUAUGACGACAUUUUGUGACAUUUUUGUUCGUUUUGGUAUCGGGCAAGGGCUUUUUCGGCUGUUCGUGCACAUAACAUAUUUUCUCAAGGCAAGAUUAAUUUCGGUAGCCGAAGUCUACGCCCCUUCGUCGGUAAUUGGUCAACAGUAGGGAUUCUUCAAUGAAGUGUUGUCAUUCAACGAUAGAUGACUCGUGUUUAUGGAAUUUUUUUCACUUGAAAAAUACUACACCGAACAUCUUAGUUACAGUGCCUUCAGAAAGUAUUCACACCCCUUGACUUUUUCCACAUUUUGUUACAGCCUGAAUUAGAAAUGUAUUAAAUUGAGAUUUCCUGACACUGACCUACACAAAAUAGGGCUGUCCCCAACUAAAAAAAAAUCUUAGUCGACCGAGAGUCAUCUGUUCUUUCGACCAAUCGAUUGGUCGAUAUUUUAAAACGUGUGUUUGAAUAAAAUCAACUAUAUGUAGGCUGCUGAGCUUGUCUGAUGCUUUCAGCAAUGCGAUGAAAAAUGAAGAAACAAAAAUUACUAAAGAGGGUGCCAGAGAUCAAUAUAGCCUAACCAGAAAAAAAAAAACAGUUCCCUACUCCCGCUGCUGCUGGCCUUCACAGAUUCUGCCGUUAAGCUCCAGAAGUUGCCGGUAAUUGGCUACACCAUCGGUCGGCAACGUUUUCCAUUUGGAGUGCCAAGUUAUCGUACCAUUUCUACUGAUCUGCGUGCCAGUAAUGAUUUUCAUAUACACAUUUUCGUGGAACAGUUUAAUUUAAUUUAUAAUAAAGUCUUUAUAUCUCAAAAUCGAUGUCAUGUGGUUAAUCAAAAUUAUAUCUAAAUGAAACCCUAUUACAGUUUUGAAACUGCAGUAGACUGGUAUUUUGGAUGCAGUAAUUGCAGAAUAACUGCAGUGUACUGCAGUUAUACUGCACUCUAACGGCAGUUACACUGAAAAAUUACUGCAUAAAAAAAAACUCCCUUUGGUUGCAGCAUACUGCAGUUUUACUGCACUCUGACUGCAAUCUUUUUUCGUAAGGGAAAUUAUACAAAUCUAAAAGUAACUUUUGUUGCCGUUGCCAAUAUUUUCUACUUGCGGGCUGCAAUGUUUUUAAUUGUUGGCUUUAUGUAGGCCCUACAUAAAGCCAACAGAUAAAAACAUUGCAUCCUGCAGGUAGAAAAUAUCCUGAUUUUAAAAUAAAUAUCCUAUAAAUCACACUGGCUACGCAUGGCCUAUCUGCAAGGAACUUGAAACAUUGUAUUAACUUGGUCUGGCGCAAAGCUCGUGCUAGCAAACUUGCAACGUUGUAUAAAAUAUUCUGGGCCCUUAGAGUUUCCUGUGCCAGUGAGCUCCGGACAGACAGACACAGCUGUAGGCUAUUUGCGCAAUGGAUAAGAAGUAAUCAGGUAGGCCUAUUUUAUGUAGGCCUAUAUGACGUUUCCACCGGAUCAGAGCAUGACAUUUUUUCCCCCUUUCAUGCUGUGGUAAUCGAAAGCGAGAGAGCUGGAAAGAUUACAUUGAGGAUCAAUGGAUGUAAAAACAGACUUUGUUUAUUUGCUGUUUGAGGCAAAGAAAAAAUUACUUUGAGAACCUCCACAGUAAUGGUGGGUUAAGACAAUCAGAAAUAGUAUCAGAUCCCCAAAUGGGCACAUUUAUAGGCCUACAUUUGCACGCAGGCCAGGUAGACUAGUACUACUUCUACAGUGAGGGGGAAAAAGUAUUUGAUCCCCUGCUGAUUUUGUACGUAUGCCCACUGACAAAGAAAUGAUCAGUCUAUAAUUUUAAUAGUAGGUUUAUUGGAACAGUGAGAGACAGAAUAACAACAACAAAAUCCAGAAAAACGCAUGUCAAAAUUUUUAUAAAUUGAUUUGCAUUUUAAUGAGGGAAAUAAGUAUUUGACCCCCUCUCAAUCAGAAAGAUUUCUGGCUCCCAGGUGUCUUUUAUACAGGUAAUGAGCUGAGAUUAGGAGCACACUCUUAAAGGGAGUGCUCCUAAGCUCAGUUUGUUACCUGUAUAAAAGACAGCUGUCCACAUAAGCAAUCAAUCAAUCAGAUUCCAAACUCUCCACCAAGGCCAAAGAGCUCUCCAAGGAUGUCAGGGACAAGAUUGUAGACCUACACAAGGCUGGAAUGAGCUACAAGACCAUCGCCAAGCAGCUUGGUGAGAAGGUGACAACAGUUGGUGCGAUUAUUCGCAAAUGGAAGAAACACAAAAUAACUGUCAAUCUCCCUCGGCCUGGGGCUCCAUGCAAGAUCUCACCUCGUGGAGUUGCAAUGAUCAUGAGAACGGUGAGGAAUCAGCCCAGAACUACACGGGAGGAUCUUGUCAAUGAUCUCAAGGCAGCUGGGACCAUAGUCACCAAGAAAACAAUUGGUAACACACUACACCAUGAAGGACUGAAAUCCUGCAGCGCCCGCAAGGUCCCCCUGCUCAAGAAAGCACAUAUAAUAAUAUGCCAUUUAGCAGACGCUUUUAUCCAAAGCGACUUACAGUCAUGCGUGCAUACAUUUUUGUGUAUGGGUGGUCCCGGGGAUCGAACCCACUACCUUGGCAUUACAAGCGCCGUGCUCUACCAGCUGAGCUACAGAGGACCACAUAUACAGGGCCGCCUGAAGUUUGCCAAUGAACAUCUGAAUGAUUCAGAGGAGAACUGGGUGAAAGUGUUGUGGUCAGAUGAGACCAAAAUCGAGCUCUUUGGGAUCAACUCAACUCGCCGUGUUUGGAGGAGGAGGAAUGGUACCUAUGACCCCAAGAACACCAUCCCCACCGUCAAACAUGGAGGUGGAAACAUUAUGCUUUGGGGGUGUUUUUCUGCUAAGGGGACAGGACAACUUCACCGCAUCAAAGGGACGAUGGACGGGGCCAUGUACUGUCAAAUCUUGGGUGAGAACCUCCUUCCCUCAGCCAGGGCAUUGAAAAUGGGUCGUGGAUGGGUAUUCCAGCAUGACAAUGACCCAAAACACACGGCCAAGGCAACAAAGGGGUGGCUCAAGAAGAAGCACAUUAAGGUCCUGGAGUGGCCUAGCCAGUCUCCAGACCUUAAUCCCAUAGAAAAUCUGUGGAGGGAGCUGAACGUUCGAGUUGCCAAACGUCAGCCUCGAAACCUUAAUGACUUGGAGAAGAUCUGCAAAGAGGAGUCGGACAAAAUCCCUCCUGAGAUGUGUGCAAAGCUGGUGGCCAACUACAAGAAACGUCUGACCUCUGUGAUUGCCAACAAGGGUUUUGCCACCAAGUACUAAGUCAUGUUUUGCAGAGGGGUCAAAUACUUAUUUCCCUCAUUAAAAUGCAAAUCAAUUUAUAACAUUUUUGACAUGCGUUUUUCUAGAUUUUGUUGUUGUUAUUCUGUCUCUCACUGUUCAAAUAAACCUACCAUUCAAAUUAUAGACUGAUCAUGUCUUUGUCAGUGGUCAAACGUACAAAAUCAGCAGGGGAUCAAAUACUUUUUUCCCUCACUGUAUAUGCGUAAUAAAGUGUGUGUCCUUACUCAAGAUUGACAGGAGCGCUCCAAACAAAAGACAAUUAAUAAAUUGACAACUCGUAAAUGGAAUGGAGAGAGAACUUUUUGUAGCCUAGGUUGUGCGCUCUGCAAACAACGUGUCCACUCCUAUAAUGACAACGGUAAAACUGUAACAAUAAUAUAUUGCAUUAACAUAAUUACCGUAACCAAACAAACAUAGUAAAUUACAAAUGAUGGGAAUUUACGGUAAAUGUGUUACUGGUGAUACUGGUGUACCAUCCCAUUGGAUUAAUCCACUCAGACAGGUGUGAAUCAGACAGGUGUCUAAUGUACCAUCAUUAAAAAAAUGAAUUUGCCACUUCUCGACUAAAUUUUUUUUAUGACAAGCCUAAAUAAGUUCAGGAGUGAAAAUGUGCUUAACAAGUCACAUAAUAAGUUGCAUGGACUUAGAGUGGGGACUUCUCUUCUUAAUUUGUUUGUACAGCACUGGUGAAGGCAUAAGGCCGAAACGUAUGCUCCGUUCCCUUUUCAUUUUAUUUAGCACCUUGCACUUUCACUUUUUGUAUUCUUUCGAGCAUGUAUUCAAUUAAUUAUAAUAUUUUUGCAUCACGGACUCGGAUUUUUUGAAUGGUAUUCCAAAACAUGUUUGCAAUAAGACAAUAAAGUAAAACUGCAAAAAACGUGGCAAAGAAAUUACAUUUGUCUUGAAUACAAAGCAUUAUGAUUGGGGCAAAACCAACACAACACAUCACUGAGUACCACUUCAUAUUUUCAAGCAUGGUGAUGGCUGCAUCAUGUUAUGAGUAUGCUUGUCAUCGGCAAGGACUAGGGAGUUUUUUGGGAUAAAAAGAAACGGAAUAGAGCUAAGCACAUGCAAAAUCCUAGAGGGAAACCUGAUUCAGUCUGCUUUCCGACAGACACUGGGAGACAAAUUCACCUUUCAGCAGGACAAUAAAGUAAAACACAAGGCCAAAUAUACACUAGAGUUGCUUAGCAAGAUGGCAUUGAAUGGUCCUGAGUGGCCUAGUUACAGUUUUGACUUAAAUUGGCUUGAAAAUCAAUGGCAAGACUUGAAAAUGGCUGUCUAGUAAUGAUCAACAACCAACAAUCGAGGUGCAAAUCUCUUUAGACUCACCCAGAAAGACUCACAGCUGUAAUCGCUACCAAAGGUGAUUCUAACCUGUAUUGACUCAGGGGUAUGAAUACUGCAUCUUGAUAGUCACGUUUGAUGCUCCUAGUUGUUUGUUGUUGCUUCUUUUGAUACAUUUGAGAGGAGCAGGGCGUGCUGUACAUGGGGCUCAUUAAUUGAAUUUUAAAGUGACCUUGUUGGGGUAUCGAUCUAAAUUAAAAAUUACAAAAUCCCACAUCAAGGUCGCUACAGCAGGAGUGGAACUGAACACCUGGGCCAAGGGCGAUAUGUAAGGGGAGCGGGGCGGGCAGGCAGCGCUCCAUGUGUGGAAUAUUGACCGGAUAUCCUCUGACUGGCUUAAUUCUGAGGAGGAGAGAACCAGGCGCUGAGGUCAGGACAGGGAGACCAACAAACAUUGUCGUCAUCAAAAUAUAUAACCAGCCUCAGCAAGCCCUCAACAAGCAGGAUCAGGUAGCUGACUGACUGGCAGCCAGGUUGGCAAAUAAGUCCUGUUUUGGUGAUUAAAUAAGUCAGUGAUCCCUCUCACACUUCUGUUUUUUUUUUACCAGUUCAAAGAAGAAACAGAGAUUCAAUGUCAACAAUUCACUCCCCCUAGUGUCACACAGCGGCAUCGUUGGAUUUAAUGGACUUUUUCUUCAGAACAAAUUAUUAACUGUCAAGAGGAAAGGUUAUUGUUGUUUUUUCUACCAUGUGUUGCCCAGAGCCACACAAAAUCAUUAAACUUGAUAUCAUUCCUUGUGGUGACAUAUCAGUGGGCUAAUAGUUUGGGAUGUUGAAUUAUGAGCCUCUACGUGUCUUUGACAUGUUUGCUGCGGAUAGGCUAUAGUAUGUGAAAACAGCAGAGCCUUUUAUUGCAAGGCUGACUUCCCUCUUUCUCUCACUAUCUUGUUUUGUUCUCCAUCUCAGCUUGUCAGCUUUCUUUUUUUACUCUCAGGACCAUGGAGGACGUCAGUCUCAUCCAGACCCACUUGUUGCUUGGAAACGGUUACUUUUUUAAAAUUGCGUCUCCAAUUUGUUGUGUGCUCUGCUGUCUACAGUGUGCGAUCGGCUGCCCACUCUCUCGUUAAAUAAAACGGCCCACCAUCUGUGAGCCUAUGCUGCAGCCACGGACAGAAAUGCACUUUCCCUUUUCCUAAUUAACCACACUAGGCCAGCUCAUCUGGGUCCAAGGUGGAGCUCUGUUCUUCCCACUGGGUCAUACUUUUAGUCUGGGCAUUAGGAUAGCACUUUGUAAACUUAUGAAGUAUAGCUGCCUAGGUAGGUAGUCUCAUUUGUAAAAUAUUUAAUAGUAGUUUGUCAGUCAUUUCAAAGACGUUUGAAACAUUCAGGAAAGUAUUCAGUGGAGAGUACCUCGGUGUAGAGAGAAGUCUCAGACUCUAUGCUUGUGCUGACCAUUGUGGUUGGGAAUAUGUCCGACAUAAUCUGUCAACAUUUGUUCGGGAAGGAGACCCAGAUCAAUUGCUCAAAUAAGCGUACGUGCGUCUGUGUGUGAGCGCACUGCUAGGCUUUUGUCUGUCCCAUUUUCAUUGGGUAGACACAGCCUUUAGCAGAUGGUCUGUAUUUUAGCGCCACGUUCAUGUAGGCUAGGUAGUAUUUUAGAGCUCCACACACCCUCUCUGUUUGGACCUCCACAGAGAGACAAAGCAUCUAGGAGUAGAACAAGGCACUAUGUGAAAGGUGAUUCACAAUCUGCUCCCCCAAAUGUAUCAACUGAGGCUUUUAGGUAUGACAAUUGCUGCAACAAGUUGUCUAAAGUGGAGCCAGGUCUACAUUCUCUGCCAUCUGUUCUAUUGAAACCGUUAUAUUCCUUCUGCAGGUCUCAAAUGAAAUAUUUCUUUAUUACAUUAAUAUAAUAAGUAAGUAGCACUUUAUUUAAAUAUAGUUGAUGUCAAUUCACCUUGGAAAAGAAAACCUAGAGGAAUCCAAUUGUUUACAGUACCGUUACAAUCUACAUGCCAGGUUCUUCAUCCUCUAGUCAACUGUAAUUUUAUCUGUUUACGAUUAGAAACUUGAUUCGCUCAUAAACCGGACAAUGGGAACGAUUUUUGUUUUAGCUGCACCACAUCAGUCUGUACUCCCACGGUCCGUAGUACAGAGCCAGUUAAUUGAAGUGUUGACGAAGUAAAAUGUUUUUCUCGGCUCCACAUUGACUUGUGAGGUACAAGAACAUCUGACAAAACUUUGAUUCGGUGUGAACCGUCCCUGUAAUGAUGAUUGAUUUGUUGUUGUCAAUUACAAACUUUUUGCAGAAUAAUUGAUAAAUACUGAAAAGGCUACUAAAACUACUGAAAAGGCUACUAAAAUGGAGGAUUGAUUUGUUGUAGCUAAAGUGAGGUUGGUGACUCUCAGGCAUGGGAGAUGGUAGCCCAUCCAGUGUGCUUUAGUCAGUCAGUACUCAGUCAGUCGGUCAAUGUGGACUCGAGCCUCAGGUCCAGGGCCUGGCCAGGGUAGAGCAGAGCAGAGAGCCAGUGCCCUGCCUUUAUAAAAGGCAUGUCGUCAGUAAUGUAUUCUCCCUUUGAGCACCUGUCUUGGCGAGGAGCGAGCGGGCCACCGGAGAGGAAGGGGAAAUGUGUGUUGCUGAGGCACCCUCAUGAAAUAUGAAUGGAUGUUCCUGAAUUUUCUAGACAUGUUUAAUCACGUCAGAUGAUUUUCUAAUCCAUGCUCCUCUGUUGAACUUAAAGGGGCCGUCAAUGUCUGCAAUAUUCAAGUGUUUCAAAAUGUAUUUUGGUGUGUCAUCUCUCUGAAGGACUUUUUGAGAGACGUGUGUGUGUACUUCUCUCAGUAGUGGUUCUGGGUUGAUCCACAGUUUAACCUGACUAGAAGGGAUAUCCUACUUUGGCUGGCCAUGCAGCAAGACUUUCCUCCUUUCAUCAUACUGCAUGAAUAAGAGUCGCUUUACCUAGUUAUUUUUAUUUAUUUUUUAUUUUUAUUUAACCUUUAUUUAACCAGGUAAGCCAGUUGAGAACAAGUUCUCAUUUACAACUGCGACCUGGCCAAGAUAAAGCAAAGCAGUGCGAUAAAAACAACAACACAUAGUUACAUAUACAAAAAAUACAACAGAAAAUAUAUAUACAGUGUGUGCAAAUGUAGCAAGUUAUGGAGGUAAGGCAAUAAAUCGUUUGACCGCGGACCCGUUACGGACGCAGGCAAUAAGGCAGUGAUCGCUGAGAUCCUGGUUGAAGACAGCGGAGGUGUAUUUAGAGGGUAAGUUAGUCAGGAUGAUAUCUAUGAGGGUGCCCAUGUUUACGGAUUUAGGGUUGUACCUGGUAGGUUCCUUGAUGAUUUGUGUGAGAUUGAGGGCAUCUAGUUUGGAUUGUAGGAUGGCCGGGGUGUUAAGCAUAUCCCAGUUUAGGUCACCAAGCAGUACAAACUCUGAGGAUAGAUGGGGCGCAAUCAAUUCACAUGUGGUGUCCAGGGCGCAGCUGGGGGCUGAGGGGGGUCUGUAGCAAGCAGCAACAGUGAGAGACUUAUUUCUGGAAAGGUGGAUUUUUAGAAGUAGGAGCUCAAACUGUUUGGGCACAGACCUGGAUAGUAUGAUAGAGCUCUGCAGGCUCUCUACAGUAGAUUGCAACUCCACCACCUUUGGCAGUUCUAUCUAGAUGGAAAAUGUUGUAGUUGGGGAUGGAAACAUUUCUGAAUUUUUGGUGGCCUUCCUAAGCCAUGAUUCAGACACUGCUAGAACAUCAGGGUUGGCGGAAUGUGCUAACGCAGUGAAUAACUCAAACUUAGGGAGGAGGCUUCUGAUGUUAACAUGCAAAAAACCAAGGCUUUUACGGUUACAGAAGUCAACAAAUGAUAGCGCCUGGGGAGUAGGAGUGAUACUGGGGGCUGCACGGCCUGGGUUAACCUCUACAUCACCAGAGGAACAGAGGAGGACUAGAAUAAGGAUACGGCUAAAGGCUUUAAGAACUGGUCUUCUAGUGCGUUGGGUACAGAGAAUAAAAGGGGCAGAUUUCCGGGCGUUGUAGAAUAGAUUCAGGGCAUUAUGUACAGACAAGGAUAUGAGUACAGUGGAGGUAAACCUAAGCGUUGGGUAACAAUGAAAGAGAUAGCAUCACUGGAGGCACCAAUUGCAGCAACAGGCAAGGCAUAUUGACAUGGGAGAGAGGCAUAAAGCAAUCACAGGUGUUAUUCGAGAGAGCUAAGACAACAACUGGUAAUGGCGAUGAAAGUUUGGGCUGAGGCUAAACAGAUAAACAGGACAGGGUACCAUGUAAAGGAACAGUCCAGCAGGCAUCAGCUGUGCAGCUGAGUGAUCAUAAGGUCCAGUGAACAUCAAUAUGUGAGUCCGAGAGCAGUUGAAUUGGUGCUACACCACAGGCGAGAAGGAAGCAUGGCUGAUUGAUUGCGUGUGCUAGCGGGCCUGGGCUAGCAGAUGGAUCUUCGUGGUCGUCGCAACGGGAAGCCUGUUGAAACCACAGACGAUUACGUCGGCAGACCAGUCGUGAUGGAUCGGCAGGCUCUGUGUCGACACUAGGAGGUCCCGUCCGGUUGACAGAGAGGUAGAUAGCCGGGAGAUGGGCCUGACUCGAGGCUAGCUCAAGGCUAACUGGUGCUUGCUUCGGGGGCAGUGGUGAUUAGCCAACAACAACAUCCAUUCGGUUGCAACUAGCUAGUUGCGAUGAUCCGGUGUUAAAUGUCCAGUGAUUCAGUUAUUCCGGCAGAAAAUCCGAUGUUCUGGGUGAAAACUGCUAACGAUGGCUAAUAGCAAGUAGCUAGUUAGCUGGCUAGCUAGUUUCAACUGGUGAUUCUAGAUAAAAGGUAAGUAAAUAAUAGAAUCCGUUCCACAUUGAGUGAGGCGGGUUGCAGGAAAGUAUAUUUAGUAGAAGGAUGAAAAGUGUGAUAGUGAAAAUAUAUACGAAAAAGACAACAACAAAAAAAAAAAGGCUAUUUACACGGACACACUAGAGUACACGACCGCACUGCUACGCCAUCUUGGAUUAUUUAGUUAGCCUUGUACUGUUUUGUAACCAUCACUAUCUUUUACUAGUCUGUGCUAACACACUUAACAGGAGUACGUUUCUCUCCUUUCUACACUGUAAGUGCACUCGAUGGGUUCAGGCGCUCCUUGAAAUGUGUUUGCCUAUCACCUCUCCAAUUAGCAGGCUUACAAGAGCUGUGGAAGUGACAAGCCUUUUACAGGAUCCUCUUAGGCCAUCUAACAGGCUGUCUUCUGUGGGGAAACAAAUCAUUUUCAAUGGUGAUAUUUUCUUAUAAGGGAUUUAUUCAUUUAUGCAUGGAGGGUCGUUAGAUUCUCUGUCACCGGACUUAAAAAGUGUCCUUUUGUUUCUUGUUUUGGUGUGCAGAACAAUCCAUCAAGUCAAAUGCUUUUGAAGUGUUCGACAAUGCUGGGGGAUUUUCCUCACUGCACAAAUUCAGGGACCAACCACUUAGUAAGAUGACCAUUUUCUCCCAUAGCUUAGAGCUUACUAAUCCUCUAUGAACUGAAACUCUGAUCAGUUUCCAUUGGACUUAGUGCUAGAAAAACAUCUAACUGGUCAGCUAUUUAAUAAGAAAUGAUUUAAUGAGCCAUCUGAAAUGGCCAUUGCCGAUGUCUUGGGAGCACUACUGUUUCCACAAUGUUUGUACGAUAUUAACAGGAAAUGAUGUGGCAACAAAUGGAUAGGUUAGAAUUCAACACAAUUGGUAACUACUAUAACUGGUACUAAAUUGUACCAAAGAAACUGUAAGUAAUUCAUUGGUUAGCCUAUUACUGUGUAAUUAACAUGUUACCAUUUAGGCCUAGCCACCAUACAAGCUUUCAACAGACUCCAAGCCUGAUGAAGAUCAUUUAGAGUUGUGAACACUAUAGUAUAUUUAUGAAAAUAGGUUAUUUGUAGAUAUAGCCUAAUAUCGAGGCAAAUAGCUAGUAACAUACGUUAAAAAAAGCCUGCCACCGAUUAUUUAGGUCUUUAUUUUAUUGAAAAAUGAAUUUCAAAAUGUGUAGGCCUAUUUAGUGUAUUUUGUAACCUGCGACCUAUUUUGCCACUUCUUUCUUGUCUCUCUAAGUUGUUGUUGCUCAGUUCAUGCAAAGUCAUUCUGCUAAGUCUGCCAUUGAAUCCACCUGUGUUGUUUAAAACGAAGGGGUUUCUCAGUCACCCCCUCUUUCUCAUGUUUGAGUGGAGUCAUGAAAAGCCCUCCCAAAUACUGUGCUUUCCUUGUCAGUCUGGGACGGUCUUCCCUCCCAUUUGCCAACUGAGCCGGAGCGCUGCCUUGGAUGAAUAAUUCCGAUUGGGUAGAGCAGGCGAUAAGCACCGCUGUUUUGUUCUGGGUACGCUGCUGUUGUUGGAACAGGUUUAACAAAUAAAGCACGUUUUUUUUAUCUUAUCAUGCUCCCCCUCUUCCCCUUUCUCUCUCUCGCUCUCUCUCCAUCGCUCGCUCGCUCUCUCUCUGUCUCUCUCUCUCGCUCUCUCUAUCUGUCUCUCUCUCUCGCUCGCUCUCGCUCGCUCGCUCUCUCUCUCUCUCUCUCUCGCUCGCUCGCUCUCUCUCUCUCGCUCUCUCUCUCUCGCUCUCUCUCUCGCUCUCUCUCGCUCUCUCCAUCGCUCUCUCCCUCUCUCUCUUUCCAUCGCUCGCUCUCUCCAUCGCUCUCUCCCUCUCUCUCUUUCCAUCUCUCUCUCUCCCUCUCUCUCCCUCCCUCUCUCUCUAUCUCCCUCUCUCUCUCUCCCUCUCUCUCUCUCUGGUACCUAAAGAGGUCAAUUUCUGCUGUCUUUUUCUUAUCUCCCCGCUCUUACACAGAGAUAGCCUAAGACCUCAAGUCAAAGCCCUUUGUAAGCUUUGCUCAGCCUUGAAAGAUCAAGGUCAAUAUCUAACAGGGCAGACUUUGCAACUCAGUAAUUCUGUUUGUCAAGCAUGUGUCGGAUGAAAAGAGGUAUCUGCUCUUUUCCAAGGUUAAUUCACUGGAAAGGUUGAGUACAACAAGCCUAUUGGGCCAUCCAGUGGAGAGCACUGUAGGUUGUAGGUUAACCUUCGACUCAAGGGGGGAGAGAAGGCUAAGCACAUUUCUUUGGCAUGGCGGUUGGUUAGAAGAGGACUGAACAGGGCUUCAUUUGUCAUUGUCUUUUCAUCUCUGCUGUCUCUUCCUUUAGGUGACGUUGGGGAAGGUGUUGAAAGCCAUCGUGGUGAUGAGAAGCCUGUUCAUAGACCGGACCAUCGUGAGAGGAUUCAACGAAAAUGUGUAUUCCGAGGAUGGCAAGGUAUUGUGUUCAGGGUUAAAAGGGAGGUUUGUGCCCAAACAGCUGGAUUAAGAAGUACUGCAUGAGAUGGUGAGGUGCGACCCUCUCUCCAUUGCAAAAAUACACAUAAGGUAUUACUUUACGUAAGGUAUUACUUUACAUAAGGUAUUCGUUUACAUUACGUAUUACUUUACAUAAGGUAUUACUUUACAUAAUGUAUUAGUUUACAUUACGUAUUACUUUACAUAAGGUAUUACUUUACAUAAGGUAUUAGUUUACAUUACGUAUUACUUUACAUAAGGUAUUACUUUUACACUCAGGUCAAGAGAUGUCAUACUAGGCAUAUUAUCUGUACACUUCCACGAGGACUUCAGUCUAGAGGUCUUCACGGGUCCCAAAAAUGUUGAUCCAUUCCGAAAUGGAUCCGUGGCUUUCCCACCCGACCCAAUAUGCAUCCCGGAGCCGACUGGGUGAAAAAUCUGUCGAUGUGCCCUUGAGCAAGGGCACUUAACGCUAAUUGCCGCUUUAAGUUGCUCUGAAUAAGAGCGUCUGCUUAAUUACUAAAAUGUAAAAAAAUUAAAAUGCAGAAAUUCAUUUUCUUUUUAAAACAGAGACCCUUUCCGAAUAGACCCGAGGACAGUCAGACCCGUUCCAAAAAAGGCCUGUGGAAAAACAGACCCGUGCCGGUUCGGAUCAGAGAGACCUGUUUAGUUCCGAGAGUAGAAAAAGAGAAAAACAUGCUAGUGUCAUCAAUAAACAAGCGAUAUUGGCCAAAUGAUCCACAGUUACGUGUCCUUAAAAACGGCCUAUAACAAAUUAUACAAAAAAUAUUUGUUGUGUUUAGAUGUGUAGCAUAUUCAAAACUUUAUAGCCUAUUGUUUUAUGUUUUUUUCUUUCUUAAAACAAUAAUUGUCCACCUCAUGGUUCAGCUGUCGGAGAUUUUAGCGCUAAAUGCAUCAGGACAUUGCAUGCAUAUAGGCCUAGGCGUCCACUGUAUGAUAUACACUUUACAUUUUUUUUUAUAUAUAUAUAAAGGAAGAGAAGCUUGGGCCUAGCCCUAGAGAGACCGAGAGAAAGAAAGAGAUAUGCCGGCGCCAUGUUCCCGACAUUCUUUAUCCUUGUCUGAUAGGCUACCACUGCUAUACAGAUAGGCCUAUAGAAAGCUAAUUUAUACUUUUUAUAUUUUUCGAUCAGAAUAUUUUUUUGAAAGAUAAACAUUAUAUUGUUAGAUUAAAGGAGUAACUCUGGUAGGCCUAAAACAUCCUUCCUCACCUCAAGUUCAACUGUCGGAGUCAGCUAGGCCUAAUAAUAGCCAUACCACACCAAACCUUUACAAAAGGUUCUUCAUUUUAUUAGGGUAAUAUCAAAAGUAAGUCGUCAUUGUUUAUAGGGAAAAUACGAACAGGUUAUUAUAUUGCGGCAUUAAAUAAAGUUUUGCAUUUCGCCCUCCUUUUCAUGGUUUGAGUGCGAGUAGCCCUAUAGUAGGCCUACCGGCAAACACAACAUUACAGUUGGAACUCAAUUUGGCCAAAAAAAAUGCCUCAACAGAAUGAAACAUUUUUUUUUUGCAUAUUUAAAGAACUGGUUUAAACCUUCACAAAAGUUAACAGGCUUAUAUUGCAGCAAUUACCAACUAAGGUGAGUUCUUACCGCAGGCCUACCCAACAAAUGACUGCAAUAGGCUAAAUAUAUUUAUUUUACAACAGGCUUACUUUUAAUCUUAAACUCAAUUUUUUUAAAAACUGUUCAAACUUAAUUUAGCCAACAAAAAUGUCUCAACAAAAUGACAAAUGAAAACACUUUUUGCAUAUUUAAAUAACUGGCUUAGAUUCUUAAAUAGGCCUACAAUAAUAAUAAUAAUAAUAAUAAUAAUAAUAAUGAGAAAACAAAUGAUAAUAAAUAUAAGUUAGAAAAUUGCAUCAAACCUGAAUAGCGAGUUGCAUACAGUCCAUUUGGCCGCGCCAACGUUCUUCUCAUCUUUGUCCACUGACGGGAGAGAUUCCCCUUGUUGGCUUCUUUUCACUAUACUCUUCCUCCUCUAACUUUUGUUUUACUUCAAUAAAAAUGUCCUCCAUCUUCGCAAUCAACAGUAGCCUAGGCCAAAGCUCCUUUCACUCUCUCUCUCCACCCUCAGCAGCAGACGCGCGUGAGGUGAGUGGCCGGAACCAGUUUCAGCUGGACAUAAGCUAUACGUUUUAUUGAGUUGCUAUUGGCUGAAACAGAUAACAAGCUCACACAGUUCUCAUCACCUCACAUUAAAUUAACAGAGGGCGGGUCCAGUCAGUAAAUCAAUUUUAAUUGCACAUACCCGAGACCUGUGGCCUGACACUAUAUAUACAAAAGUAUGUGGACAUCCCUUCAAAUUAGUGGAUUUGGCUAUUUCAGCCACACCCGUUGCUGACAGGUGUAUAAAAUCGAGCACACAUCCAUGCAAUCUCUAUAGACAAACAUUGGCAGUAGAAUGGCCUUACUGAAGAGCUCAGUGACUUUCAACGUGGCACCGUCAUAAGAUGCCACCUUUCCAAGAAGCCAAUUCGUCAAAUUUCUGCCCUGCUAGAGCUGCCCCGGUCAACUGUAAGUGCUGUUAUUGUGAAGUGGAAACAUCUAGGGGCAACAACGGCUCAGCUGCGAAUUGGUAGGCUACACAAGCUCACAGAACGGGACCGCCGAAUGCUGAAGCGCGUAGCGCGUAAAAACCGUCUGUCCUCGGUUGCAACACUCACUACCGAGUUCCAAAUUGCCUCUGGAAGCAACGUCAGCACAAGAACUGUUCGUGGGGAGCUUCAUGAAAUGAGCUUCCAUGGCCGAGCAGCUGCACACAAGCCUAAGAUCACCACGCGCACUUUGGAGCAGUGGAAACGCGUUCUCUGGCGUGAUGAAUCAUGCUUCACCAUCUGGCAGUCUGACUAGGCCCCUUAGUCCCAGUGAAGGGAAAUCUUAACGCUACAGCAUACAAUGACAUUCUAGACGAUUCUGUGCUUCCAACUUUGUGGCAACAGUUUGGGGAAGGCCCUUUCCUGUUUCAGCAUAACAAUUGCCCCUGUGCACAAAGUGAGGUCUAUACAGAAAUAGUUUGUCGAGAUCCACAUACUUUUGGUCAUGUAGUGUGUCAGACUCGACCCAGAUCCGAGACUAAAGUCUGGAUUUAGGAACUGCUUGGACCUGUGAAGACCUCUACUUCAGUCUUCUUGAGACUGUCCUGGCUACCAUGAAGGGUCCCUCUGGGCUAUGUAUUCAAAAUGACCUCAUAUAGCCUUCUAUACAACAAUGUUGUUAGAGGGCUGAUGGUCUCCAGCUGCUAACGUAAGACCAUGCAAUCCAGGGUCUGGACCUCCAUUCCUCAUUGUCAGUUUUCUGUUGGACCGCUGAAUAAUUUACGUGACCGCUUCCUCUCUCGCACUCUCACAUGAAAAGCUUGUAAAGGAUGGGUGACAUUGGCUUUCCUCUACAAUUUCCACUCAGUCAGAUUCAACAUUAAUCCCUAAUUAAUUUGGAACAUGGCUCUGUGUUGGUGUUUCGCCCUCACUCAGCCAGAGUGUGGGGACUCUUUGAACUGACAUCAAUAUUAGGAGGCCAUCAAAGCCACAGAGAACCUUGAUCACCAUUAAUUAUGCCAAUGAAUGGUAGACCUCCUGCCAGAACAAUGCUGUCUGAUGUACUCAACUGUGUGUGUGCGCGCGUGUGCAUGCACACAUUUAGUGUUUCAAAUCGAGCUCUCACAUAUAUGUAACUGCCACAACUACUCAGGGUACUUUAUAGAGAUAAUGUGCUCCAUGGAAAAUGUUUUGAAGUCCAGACAUUCCCAAAGCUCCACCUAGGAUGAGUUAGACAGACACAACAGCAGCAGCCAGGGUUUUGUUUAGGAUGUCUCCCAUCCCCACCCCUCAGGCUCCAACAGCCCCAUUUCUGCCAUUUUCUCCACUAAUUAUCAUACGGUAAGAAGCGGCAGGAGCAGCAAGCUGAGCCUUCUAGCAUACAGAGAGAGAGAGAGAGAGAGAGAGAGUGGGGAAAAGAAAAGGAACACUGCACUAUCAAAGGAGGGCUUCAAAGACUAUCGAAGGCAUCUCUUGGGUAAUUUGCGAUCCUGUAUUAGUUUCCCUUCAAAGGGUCUCUGUGUGUCGGUAGUGGGUAAAGGGACAGAGGGGGAUUGAAUCCGAUUUCUCUAAUAAAUGCUGACACCGGGCCUGUUUGAUAUUAGAUUCAGGGUAGUGUUUUGAUUUGUUAUUGUCUUUGAAACUGUUCAGACGACCUUCGCACAAUCUCCUGCCCUUCUCUCCCGGUUUACUGAAGGACGAUGCAAGCCACAGGACAACAGGGGAGCAAGAAGAGAGGAGUCAUUUGAACUUAAAAUAUAGACCUGAUCAAAUUAUCAAUACAAUGCUAGUGAGUGGUAUUACAAAGAUAAUAGACUUAAAUGAAAGUUGAUGGUGUAGUCCAGGGGUAUUCAACUUUUACCCUAUGAGGUCCAGAGUGUGCUAGUUUUCUUUUCUACCUGAUAAUUAAUUGCACACACCUGGUGUCCCAGGUCUAAAUCAGUCCCUGAUUAGAGGGGAACAUUGAAAAAAUGCAGUGGAAAUGGCUUCGAAGUCCAGAGUUGAGUUUGAGGGGUGUAGUCAGUCUUGAUGACGACUACACGUGUACUCCAAUCCCAUUGUUCUAAAUGCUCCAAAUGAACACUUUUGCUGUGAUUUGUAUCGCAUACAACUGAAGAAAAUAAUGUGUGUGGGUUUGAAAAUGUACGAUUAAUUACAUAGAUAUGAUAAUAAUUAUCAUUUUCUCUCCUCAGCUGGAUAUCUGGUCGAAGUCAAACUAUCAGGUAUUUCAAAAGGUGAGACCCUAUCUCCAUGUUUACCCCAGACGUGGAUGCAAUGCCCAACCUGAGGAACUCAUGAGUAGUCAUAUAGGUCUCCGUAUUGUGGAACCCUCUGUGUGUCUCCCGUUUGGCCACCUGUUGCUGUGUGUUCUUCUCUCCCACUAAUCAAGCCCUGUCAUAGCAAAAUGUACUCUGUUUCCGGUCGGAUUUCAUUUAAAACUAAAACCACUUUGCAACAGUCCUUUCUGGCGAACAUAUGGGGGUUAUGAGUCGUCCUCACUUCCCUCUCAUCCUCCCUCACCAAAUCAGGCGGCGUCAUCGCCAUGGCAGCAUAUGGGCAGCCAGAAAGCCACACACACACACACACCAGUGACUGGGAUGGAGCCAGCAUUAAUAGAAAGAGAGCACCCAAUUUUCUUUUCAUAGUGAAUUCUCACUUGUGCCCCCUGGCUGAUCAAAGCACAGUAUGUUUAUUUCUUGAUCUCAUCCUAAUGCUAAGUCAAACAGACCCUGAGUGAGAGUGAGAGUGAGUGAGAGUGAGAGUGAGAGAGAGGGAGAGAGAGAGAGAAUGGCAGCACACCUCAGCUUCCCCUCCCAUCUGUCACUGCACUGCCAAGGUCUGACUUGUCACCAAAGCCUAUCUUUGUUAACCACCCAGUCAUAUCCUUACAUCAUCUUUGAGGAGAAUACUUUUUCGCCCACCUGUUUUGAUAUGUUUUCCCUGUGCAUGUAGUGUACUGUAUGCCUGCCAGGUGCUGGUAAUAGCCGUAUCCCUCAUGCUUCGCCAGAUGGUAAAAAUGUAAUAGCAAUGCACAUAUUGACUGGACACAGAAUAAAACUAUACUAGCUACAUCGACAGAAUAACUUACUUUAUCAAAGUUACGUAAUAAUUGCAUGUGGGAUGAAUAUUUGAUGGAGAGAUUGAUACAGUAUACGCUAUGAUUAGUAUUGCUCCAAUGACAACCCUGCACCAGUCUAGCAGACCUAUUUUACUUAUGUUAAAAGUUGAGUAAUAAGUACUCUGUCUUUGAAAACAUGUUGUUUUACUUGAUCGCUUGUAUUGAUUAUGUUAUGUAAUACUUACUUGCUCGUGAAACCAUCUUGAAUUAAAAGCAGAGACAAUUGGAAUGUUCUCAAAUGUUCAUGUGUUUUUACAAGCCCUGUUUUCUCUCUAAGGUUACGGAUCACGCCACCACUGCUCUGCUGCACUACCAACUCCCCCAGAUGCCUGACGUGGUGGUACGAUCCUUCAUGGUGAGCACAUUCACACAGCAAAACCUCUACAUAACCCUCUCCCACCCUGUGUCUGAGCGCCUCUACUUGAUAAUCCACUCUGUCUUUUGUCCUAUAUCUUCACCAUGUACACAUAGCCGAUGGAUUGCGCUGGCAUUGCUAAUCAGUCCAGGCAUCUUAUCACACAGUACUGUAACAGUGCCUCAUUUGAUUUAAAGCUCUGAGACUAAUUUUUGAUAAGGGGAGGAGGGGGUUGAAAAUUGUCCGCCUAUUACUGGAUUACUGGUUGAGAGUCGGACAAAGCUUCCCUCUCCCACUGAAGCUUGUAGCCAGUCCCCACAUAAAGAGUCCUAUAGAGGAGGUACCUCAGGAAGCAUACAAAAGACUUGUCAAUGUUACUGCGUGAUGUAUCAGCUACCAUCGGAUGUUCUUACUCCUGGCUUCCCGGAGUGCGGGGCAGGGUUAUGUAUUAGUAUCUUGAUGUUUUAGUCUUUAAAUAGCCUGACUGUCCACUCUGCAGACCCAUGCUCUUAGUGCUGAAGUGAGGGAGAUUGAUUAGCUGCUCCUCUCCGGUGCUGGAAAUCAAUGGGAGACUAUUCUGAUCUGGCCCGGCCGGGGUGUGGGGGCUGGGUGGCACCGCUGUCCUUUAGGGAGGGGUUUCAAUCAGACAGAUCAACGGCUCGGCUUCAGGGCCAACAACGGGGCGCCUCCGUUACUGACCUGUCCUCAUUUACAGCUUGACUCUGUCCAGAAAGAGAUUAUCACUACAUACCCAGCCAUCACCAUGUCCUGA